AUGGUAUUAGAGGCAACUGUUAUAACCAUUGAUAAUUCUGAAUACUCAAGGAAUGGAGAUUUCCCCAGAACGAGGUUCGAAGCACAGAUCGAUGCUGUUGAAUUCAUCUUUCAGGCAAAACGUAACAGUAAUCCCGAAAAUACUGUAGGCCUAAUUUUAUCAGCAGGUUCUAAUCCAAGAGUUUUAUCCACAUUUACAUCAGAAUUUGGUAAGAUCUUAUCAGGUUUGCACGAUACUCAUAUUGAAGGAUCCAUUCAUCUAGGGACAGCCAUUCAAAUUGCUGCAUUAACGUUAAAACACCGCCAAAAUAAAGUUCAGCAUCAACGAAUCGUUGUAUUUGUAUGCUCCCCCAUCCAAGAUGACAGACAAGAAUUGAUGAAGUUAGCCAAAAAGCUAAAAAAGAAUAACAUUGCAGUAGACAUUAUCAAUUUUGGUGAAAUAGAACAUAAUACAGCCAUCGUAGAGGAAUUCAUCGAGACUGUAAACAAUUCUCAAGAAGAGAGCAGUCAUUUAUUGAAUAUACAACCAGGCCCAAGAUUACUAUAUGAACACAUUGCAGGGUCUCGUAUAAUUCUAGAAGAAGGUGCUGCCGGUGGUAGUGGAUUCGAUGGUGAUAGUGCGGGAGGUGAUAAUGGAUUUAUGGACUUCGGUGUUGAUCCUUCAGUAGAUCCAGAAUUGGCAAUGGCAUUACGUCUAUCUAUGGAAGAAGAACAACAGAGACAGGAAAGGUUGAGACAACAACAAGAACAACAGGAACAACAGCAGCAGCAGCAAGAAAGUCAGGGGCAAGGACAAGAACAAGAGCAGGAGAAUAAAUCUUAG